UUUUGAGCAAUGUUUGAUGGUAUGCGGUUAAAGGCGGUGGUCGAUGAGGGUUUGUUGAGGGCGGUGAGAUGUGUGUGGAGGGCAGUGAAGUUGAAGGCGGUGAUCGGUGGGGUGUGUUGAGGGUGGUGGGGUAGAUUGCAGUGGCUAGUGGUGUAUGUUAAGGGCGGUGAGGUUGAUUAUGGUAGUUGUCUAGGAAAUUGGUGGAUGGUGCUGCUGGUGGGGAAUUGUGGAUGAAGAAGAAGAGGAAGAAUUUGGAAGUGAGCUUGAAAUUGAAGGUAAGAAGAAGGUUGAAGAAGGUAAGAAGAAUGGAGACAGAAAAAAUCGGGGUGAGAGAGAGGGAAAUCGAGAGAAUAGAAGAAGAAAAAAAAAGGAAGGAAAUAAAAAAAAUGGGGUCCACGGUUGGAAACUUCACCGAAAACUUAAAAAAUGUGGUAAUAUGAGCGGUUACUUAAUUUAAGGAGUGGUAAAAUAAAAAUAAAAAUUAAACGGGUGAUUAUUUCAAAAAGAGUGUAUUUUACGGGUGGUAAUUUAGAAAUUAUCUUUUUUUUUAUUUUUUAUUUUUUUUUCCAAUUUUUUUAAUAAAAUAAAAAUAAAAAUUAAAGAGCAAGACAAACGCCCUUGAGCUUUGACUGCUGGAGUUGAGUUCUGGAAGAAUCUGGAGAAGUAGUGGUAGUCGAGAAUGCGGAACGUAAGAGCAAUGCAAACGAUUCUGAAGAAUCGGGAAGCCGCUAAAGCCAAAGCCUUCGAUUUACUCAAAAUCUUGCAGUCUGAAAUCACUCACGAACUCUCUUCUCCCUGCUUUCAAAAUUAUCGAGCUGGUUCCCCAGGAGAUUUCACAGUGGAAUGGGAUACUCCAAAUUCUAAUGAUGUAGUAUUGCGAAAGAAAUGUGAUACUGGCGAAGAUGUUGCUGUAUCGGCUUUACUUGGUCCACCAGAUUAUGCAAGAGAUGGUACAUAUCCAAGGGGUGUUCUUAUGAAAGUGUGCAUAAAAAAGCCUGGCUUAAGUUCACUUCUCCACUUUAAGUGCGAAGUUACCAAUGCAGGUCAUUCUGGCCCAGAAUUCAAUAUCCAUUCUGCAGAUUAUCUAAGAUCAACAAGCUCUACAGGUCCUAAAAAUUACAAGGCCCCCUUGUUUAGUGAAUUAGACUCUGAUCUUCAAGAUGCAUUCAGAGACUAUUUACAUACGAAGGGGAUUGGAGAGAGCUUGAUGAACUUCCUUUUAGUACACAUGCACAAAAAGGAGGAAAAUCAGUACGUCAACUGGCUGCAGAAGCUUCAAGGAAUGUUAUCUCAAGGUGAUUGAAUGUAAGUUACGGAGAGAAUGAUCUUCUGACAUUCUUGUCUCAGAUGUUAGCAUGAAAUUUUAUGUAUAUAAACACGGCAGGGGUAUUUUCGGCGACCUGGUUAGACAUUGUGAUCUAGUCAUUGCUUUAUUGUAAGAUAGCAUGAUAUAGCUGUCAUGUUAUUCUUAUGAAGCUUCAAAGAAAACUCAACUUACCGAGAAAUAUUCAAUUCUGAGCACGUUGAUUUCAUCAGUAUUCAGGAGGAACUUUUCCUGCAUA